AUGAGUAAAUGCUGUUUUUCUCAACCACAACUAGAAUAUCUCGGUCAUCUGAUUACUUCUGAUGUUGCUGCUGAUCCCGAGAAAAGUGCUGCUAUGCAGAAUUGGCCUCAACCCUCAAAUUUGAAGCAGCUGAGUGGGUUUUUGGGUCUCACUGGGUAUCAUAGAAGAUUUAUUAAAGGAUAUGGCACUAUUAGCAAGCCUCUCACAUACAUGCUAAAAAAUGAUUCCUUCACUUGGUCUUCUGCUAUAUUACAAGCCUUUGUGACACUCAAACAGGUUAUGACUACUGCUCCAUUUUUGGCAUUACCAAAUUUUUCAUUACCAUUUUGA